GUCUCUGCCAGCUUAUGGAGCUUUUCGUGAACCUUCUCAUUGUCAUCUGUGCCGGAGUGCCGUACAGCAACAACGGGGGUUACCGUGACCUGGCCAGCCUCGGGGGGCUCUACUACUAUCACUUCGGUGGCGCCAACGCUUUCACCGGAGCCGACGCAGACAGGGUGAAGGAGCUGGACCAGCUGUUCCACCAGCUCAAGAGGCCUCCGUACGUCUUCACCAUGGCCUGGGGCGGGGUUCUGAUGAUCUACGCCUGCGCCAUGCUGGCCCUGGGGAUCUUCCGGGUUCCAUACCGAUGGCCCCCCGUGCUGCUGGGGGAGGCUCUGGUGAACGCCCUCAUCGGCCUGGGCUACAUCCCUGCGCUGGCCUUCUACUUUAUCAAACUGCAGGAGACGUACGACAAUCCCAUCUGUAAGGAGAGAGAGGAGAUGUAUAAGAGCAAGGGGCACAAGGGCUUCGAGUGCCAGUAUCACGGGGCGGAUGUGGCGGGAGGACUCUUCGGGGUGCUGGGAGUGUUUGUUUUCAUCCUUGGAGCGGUGUUGGCUGUCAGAGCUUUCAGGUCAGUGCGAGAGCGAAAGAAGCAAACGAACGAGGACAACAAUUUAUAAGCUGCCUUUUUUUUUUUUUUACUACAUAUCUGAACAAAGUGCCACUGAGUAGAAGUCGCUACGACACGUUACCUCCAUAUCAGCCUUUUAUUUACGUCUUAACAGUGUUUUAUUUUGUGACAAUUUCAAAGAAAUUUUUAUAUUUCUACCACUUUUUUCCCUUUGCAUACUGUGUCUGUUACAUUUACCACAAAUUUGUAGUUAUAAUAAACUCAUCAAACAUCA